AUGUCUGUCGCACAUGCAGGGGCGUCAGUGCUGCUCGCAUUGGUUCUCUGGGCACUGGUGAAGCGACUGACGGCGACCAAAGCGCGCGCCAUCGACAUUGCAGGCCCCGAGAAGGACCAUUGGCUCAAAGGCACGCGCGUAGACCGAAAUUACCACCGGAUAUUCCAAGACGGACUGGAGUAUAACCUCCAGCUGACCGAGAAGUAUGGCGGCGCAGUCCGUAUUCAUGCGUUACUUGGGGUGAGGACGUUGAUUGUGGCAGCAGAGGAGCAAUUGUACGUGUCAGACCCUCGCGCGCUCCACCAUAUCGUAGUGAAAGAGCAAGACGUCUAUGAAGAGACAGACAUGUUCAUAAUGGGGAACAAACUCAUAUUCGGUGAAGGUCUCAUCUCAACCCUUGGCGAGCAGCACAGGAAGCAACGAAAGAUGUUGAAUCCGGUCUUCUCCCUUGCCAACAUGCGCGAUCUCUUGCCAACCAUCCAACCUAUUGCUGAUCAGCUAUGCGACCUUCUUGUUUCAAAAAUUACUGCUGGAGAGCAAGAAAUCGACAUAGUCCCAUGGACGUCUCGUGGUGCGCUUGAAUACAUCUGUCAGGCCGCGCUGGGAUACACGUUCGAUGCACUGAACCCAGAGAAGACAAGUGAAUACGCCGAGGCGCUGCGCAGGUUCUCGCCAACUGCGCUUCGCUUAAUCCUUAUCCGCCCUUUCGUUCCCUUCUUCGAUCAUGGACUGGUACCCAUCAAGCCGUUGAAAGAAUUUCGCCGCAUUGUCGAAGUCAUGCACCGUACUUGUAAGGGGAUAUACGCUGAUAAAAAAUCUGCAAUCGAGGGCACGCUUGUUGAUGGCAGUCUUAAACUCAAUGAACCGCAGGGAGCAACCGGGUUCCGUUCGAGAGGUCGCGACAUCAUGAGCAUUUUGCUCCGGGCAAACAGGCCUUCAAACGUUAGAGACAUGCUCACCGAAUCCGAACUACUCGGCCAAAUGAACACAAUCAUUUUCGCAGGUUUCGAGACGACCGCUAUAGCGACAUCGCGCCUGCUCUACCUUCUUGCAAGCCGGCCCGACGCGCAGGCGCGACUGUGCCGUGAGGUGCGCGCGGCGAAGAUGGCGCAUGUGGGAGAUUCUGCGCGGUGGCAAGAUGUGAAUCUUUCGUACGACGUACUCAUGGGUCUACCAUACCUCGACGCGCUUGUGCGAGAAACUCUGCGGGUGUACCCACCGACCUCCAUACUCAGUAGAACAACGCGCAAAUCUACCGUGCUCCCUCUGGAGUUCCCUGUCCGCUCCGCCUCUGGGCAGGAGGUUACGUCUGUUCCACUUCCGGAAAAUACUACCGUAAUCAUUUCCAUUCUGGCGGCGAACCACAACAAAGAAAUAUGGGGAGAAGACGCCUCGGAUUGGCGGCCUGAGCGAUGGCUUACUUCCACUGGAGAAAGGAUCCGCCUAGGAGACGGAGAUAAUCUCCCUGACGGCUACGUCAUCGUGGAACGCAGUGAGGAGGAAGACAAAGUACCGGGAAACAGGGAUGGGAUCAAAUAUCCUGGUGUCUACGCGUCAAUGAUGACAUUCCUCGGUGGAGGUAGGGCUUGCAUCGGCUUCAAGUUUGCCGAAAUGGAGAUGAAUCAAGUCUUAACCACCCUUCUCUCUACAUUACACUUCUCGCUGCCGGCAGAGAAGGAAAUCUAUUGGAAGAUGAAUGGCCUUCAGGUGCCCGUCGUACGCCCACCCGCUGGUGACGGCCAGACGCCUCAAGUGCCGCUGAAGAUCCGCUUGGUGCGAGAUGACGAUUACUAG